UGAAAAUAUUGGGACAAUGAGAGCCGAGACGCCAAUGAAACGCCCUAAGGUUCGUUCAGAUACUCAAGUUCAAGUAAAAGACUAUUAGAACUUAUAUAAGUAUCUGUCGAACCUUCCGUAUUUCCCUUAUGCACCAUCAUGAGCUCCACUCCGGCCCAUAAUGAUGCUGAGGCAGGUUCGACUCGAGUGUCUAAUGUGCAGAAAAAAACAACGUUCGAAGAUGAAGAAGGCCAAGUACGAGAAUCGAAGAGACGUCGGCUCAUUCGUCUGCCGUUCGUAGUGCCCUUGAUUGGCAUUACGAUUGCUGUGGCCGCCAUCAUAUCUGCCGUAAUUUCAAAAUUGAUGUUUAACUGUGUCGAUACAACGAUCGAUGAUAUGACCUCGAUCUUGCGCACGAGCACGGUAGAAAGAGCUCACGAAAGCGUUCAAUCCAUCGUGCAAAUAAGUACAAACAUUACGUAUUCUCUCGUUAUGGAUCGACGGGUGCGAAUGUUCCUUACCCAAAUGCAAGCGAAUGAUACCACCCCAAUGAUGAGCGAUCCGGAUGUCUACUCACGGCUAUGGGCUUCCGGCGCCAAUUACUCUUUUAUCCAUAACGUGGCUCUCAUGCUAGACACACAGGAGUACCUUGCUAUUGCCGUGCCCAGAUCCAAAAUCUUUGUUUUUCAAGAUUCCACCACGUUCAAUGCGACAUUGAACACCACAAAUCUUUACCGCCGUGGAGUUGGUGGAGUCAAUAGUAAUGGCGACGUGCAAUUAGUUGGAGCGAGUGCUUAUCAAUCACCACAUUUGUGGCCACCUUUUACAAAACCGUCGUUUGCGAGUGGUAAUAGUAUUGGUAAAUGGCAGAGCGCUGUUCCUGCAGGAACCGAAUUCUAUUAUCAGAUUAUGUGGUGGAUAUGGCCCGAUCUGCCACCGGGCAAAGCGGAUCCGAGUGUCCAACCCUUUGCUCACUCGAUGGUAGCCAUGUCUGUGAGCACCAUUGAGGCCUUCCUUCAGACUAUCAAAAUUAGCCCGAAUGCCGUGGUUUCCUUAUGGGAUCCCAACUCUAACAACGCCGUCUACUGCAGAAUGAUCGCUGCCAGUGUUGCAGGUGUAAGCGGAAACCGCACCUACCGGUAUUCCGUCUUCGAGACCCCACAAUCGUUGAUUCGACAGACCGCAAACUAUAUGCGCAGUCUAUACCCCUCCGCCGCGAGCAUUCCAGACAAUCUAGCAUCGACAUUUAUCAAGGAAGACGGUAGUGGUGUCAUCCUUGUCAACAGCCGUCGUGUAACCGACCCCUAUGGUCUCAAUUGGCUUCUAGUGGUAUCUGUCCCUAGAGAUGACUAUCUUGGCACGGUGAAUCAGACUCGCAAGACGGUGAUAGCAGCCGUGGCAGGGACGGUAGUGGGUAUGACUGUUGUGGCAGUUUGCGUUGCCUAUGCGCUUGUCUACCCGAUCAGAAAGCUAUCCGAAACAAUGGUGGACGCCACGGCGUUUGAUUUCUCGGCGAUCCGAGAUGGCUAUCUCACUCAAAACAGUCUCUUUGAGCCCUUGGAGAUUGCAAGGUGUAAAGAAGUGUUCAGCAUCAUGUUGACGAGAUUUGCAACUGCUAUUCAAGUGAAUAAGAAAUUGGCGGGUAGAUCAGUUGGAGCAGCAUCUGCGAGGCAGUCCCAAGUUAGGGACGCAAGUAUGAUGCAAGGUUCGGUUGAUGAAGCGGAAUAGGGAAUGGCUGUCCUUGAAGGCUUGUAUUUUCUUUUUUAAUAAAAUUGGAAUUCCAAUGGGCA